CUCAGCCGCCAGCUUCCAUUGCUCAAGAAUCUCCAAAUCUGUAUUCAGCGCCGCCGUGGCCUCGAUGGGGCCGUAUACAUAACCCCGGGGCAAUUCACAUGUCUGGAGGAGCUAGAACUAGUUCUCAACUGCCAUCCGGAGAUGAAUAUUUUUGGCCACCGGGUCCCGUCGCGUGAGUUGACAGAUUUCGAAAUGGCUCAAAUCUGGCAUGGUUUUGUGCUAGGUUAUGGGUGGCUCAGAUGGUACCUGCGUGAUUUGUUGAUCAACUGUGCCAUCGAUGAAGCGUUGGCCAAAGCGAUCUUCUCGUAUGUCUGGAAAGGUCAAAACGGGAAUUGGCUACAACGUCUGACGAUCCACCCUUUGUAUGGCCAGUUGGGAGAGUAUUCCAGAUACUACUAUCAUGAAUACUGUAAAAAGUUUAAGGAGGAAGGCUUUCUAGACCAGAUGUCCCCGACGUGGGUAGUUGAGCCAGAUGUUCUGACAGGGCCACGAGCCCAGAAGUGUGUUAAGCCAAGGCGUGACUUAAGCGACCUGGCGGAUGGAGAAGAUAGCACGUUGAUCCCGGUACAGGAAGUGGGUGGCAUAUUCGCCAUGAAAAAGGAAGAAGACGUUCAAGCCGUCUUUCAGUCUUUCUGGCCCACAGCGGAUAUCAGUGCUUGGCCAAUUUAUUAA